CUACAGCAGCUGAACUACCAUACACUCAGCAUCACCAGCAGCAGCCAGAGGUGUUUGUUGCUCACAGGCAGCGAGCUCCAGUGGUUAGAGUGUGCCGAUAGCCUGUUCACUCACAGGAGUUUCACACUAAUUGCCGUGCAGCUCGUACCAGCUCGGUCCAGCCUGUUCUCACCUCCAGCCUUCAUCAGACCAGCUCAUUUUACAUGUACAUCAUGAAUGACCUGUCCUCCCUCACGUCUCCUUCCUCCUGCCCCCACUUGUACAACUUACCCACUUACCCAAGCAACACCACCAUUUCAAAUGCCAUCAACGCAGCAAGUGGUGUCAACCAUGUGAUCCUGCGGCAUUACAACCACACUGGCCGUCUGCAGAACAGGACCAUCUCAACCACCCAGAACCAGAUCAGUGUCUCAGUGGCUGUUUUCCUCUUCUUCAGCAUUUUCAUCAUCCUGGAGAAUCUCCUGGUGCUGGUGGCCGUCAUCUCCCGCAUCCGUCACAGCCGUCGUUGGGUAUAUGUUUGCAUUGCCAACAUCACACUCAGUGAUCUCCUCACCGGUGCUGCUUACCUGGUGAACAUCUGCAUGUCUGGCAGCCAGACAUUUCGCCUAACCCCUGCUCUGUGGCUUUUCAGAGAGGGCAUGCUGUUUGUAUCCCUGGCAGCUUCCAUAUUCAGCUUGCUGCUUAUUGCUGUGGAGCGUUACACCACCAUGAUGAAGCCUCUUCCCCAGAAGUCAACUACGAAGUCCUACUAUCGAAUCUAUGGCUUGGUAGCACUUUGCUGGGGUUUGGCAUUGGUGAUUGGCUUUCUCCCCUUGUUGGGUUGGAACUGGUGUAGCCUGGAUGAAUGUUCCACCCUGCUUCCUCUCUACUCCAAGACUUACAUCUUUUUUCUCAUUAUCUUCUUCCUCAUCCUUCUGUCUAUUGGCGUGCUCUAUGGUGCCAUCUACUGCCACGUGCACAAGAGUACUCAGCUAGGUCCGCAGCGCAGUCGCAAGCGUUCCUUAGCUCUGCUGAAAACUGUUAUCACCAUUGUUGGCGUCUUCCUGGUCUGCUGGGGACCACUGUUCCUGCUGUUACUGGUGGAUUUCUUCUGUGUCUCCCGCCAGUGUGCACUGCUGUUAAAUGAUAAGUUUUGUAUCGCCCUGGCUGUCCUCAACUCUGGCCUGAACCCUAUCAUCUACGCCCUGGGCAGCAGCGAGAUGAGAAAAGCUAUUGCUGAGCUGCUGUGCUGCUGCUGCCUGAAGCUUGGCCUCUGUCACCCAGAUACAUUCACAUCAAAGGAGACCAACAGCACCUCAGAGAGCAGGAGGGACAGUCUGAGGAACAGUUUUAAUAAAGUCAGGAACCUGAGUGUGGCCUCCCCACCAUCAACCCCAAGCAAGACUCGCAGGGCACCCAGAAAAUACAGGCUGAGCACCACCACCAGCUGCCUGUCAGUUUCAAGUGGUUAAACCACAAUGCUCCCCUCCCAGGCAAACCAACCUGUGUGCACUGAUACACAUCUAACCGUUUCCUCCUAGUUUUGGUUUGAAUGUUCACUGCUUUGUCAAAUGCACAUGCACUGCUCAUUACAUGCUGAAAUAAUAUCACUUUAUCCUCAUGAAUAUGAAUUUAUUCUUCUAGAUUGCAAUAAUGUCACAAGCUGCCGGCAGGGAAUUUUUGAAUAACAAUGCAUUCGUUUUGAUAACUGUAUUUUAUACAUUAUUUGAACUGAUCUGUUAUUACACUGUACAUAUAAACUUUGAUCUAGGCACAUAAGACAUAUAUAUUUUGUGAAUUCUAGAGUAUUAUCUAUAUGAAUAAAAAUAUGUGUACAUUUGUAUUGUAUUUUGUACUAAGCCUGAC